CAAAGACGGGCCACGGCUUCAUGGUCAGUCAGUUGGAGGGACAUUAUCAUUGAAAUAUUCCCAAACACGGUGUUAUUUUGUUUCUCCACGUCGUUUUGCUAAACAAAACGAAAUCCUAAUGACUUCUAAAAGUAAAAGAACAUUAACCCUACCAACGUACGUUGCACAUCAGACGUUAGAGGCAUCCUCAGCUCACAGUGAGAAAAGAACCAGCUCCAAGCAAACAGUGGAAUGGGUACCAGCGCCAGCAGCCGGGCACGGGGAGCCCUGUUCUUCUGGACUGGAGUACCUCAGCGAGGUUGACCAAGUCCUCCUGCAUCCCCAGAGAGUUCUUCUUGAAGCGUUUGACGGCCUGCCCUGCACGCAGAAGUUCCAGGUGAAAACCGCCCGGGGCCAGAUGAUGUACUGCGCGGUCCAGAGGACCGACCACCAGAGCCAGUCCUUCCGCGGACACCGCCGGGCUUUCCAGAUGGAGAUCUAUGACCGCGGCGCCCGAGAGUCCAUCCGCCUCCGCCAGCCCUUCGUCUGCUCGCUGUGCUUCCCGUGGGGAGCGCAAGAGAUGGAGGUGCAGGCUCCCCCCGGGGUGGUGGUGGGGUUCGUGCGAGAGCUGCUGCACCCCUGGGGGCCUCGGUACGUGAUCAAGGACUCAAGAGGAGAACCAGCGCUGCGGAUAAGGGGCCCCGGGUACAUCACCUGCUGCUCCCCGCCGGACUUCACGGUUUUUGACCCGAGCUGGAAAACCAGGCUCGGCGCCAUCACGGGACAGUACUUUGGGAGCAUUCAGGGCGACUUCGGAGACGUGGUGGCGGUGAAGUUCCCACGGGACCUGGACGAGAAACUGAAAGCCUUACUGCUCGGGGCCAGCUUUCUGAUCGAAAGCAAACUGUAGGAGGAACACGACCCGCCCUGUGAGCAGGGUUGGAGAAAACAGUUGCUCUCAGACUCCAUCCCUAUCAAUAUUCUUAGUGACCGUCACAGGCUACCUGUAAGAUCUUUGUUCCAAGACGAAUAUGUAAUACCUUGAAUCUGCCUACCAUGUGGAUUGUAACUGCCUGCCAUAUUCCCCAAAUUUAUUAACAUCUGCUUCCUUUUCCUUCUCACAGUCCUUGCCUGUCUUUGUGUAAUAAACCCAUGCAGACAGUG